CAUCUUAUUCUUCUUCCACUUCUACCGCGUCUGCUUCUUCGUUUAGGGAAAAUGGCAAGCGUUGAAGGUGCUAAGGACCCAGAAUCAGUGUACGCUAUAAUCGUCAAGGAUGCAAAGGGAAACAGUGUAGACCUAAGCAACUACAGAGGCAAAGUCCUUUUGAUUGUCAACGUUGCUUCUAAGUGUGGAAUGACAAACUCAAACUACACGGAAUUGAACGAAUUGCACAACAAGUACAAAGACAAAGUUUUCUGUGUUGCAGGUCUGGAGAUUCUAGCAUUUCCUUGCAACCAGUUUGGUGAAGAGGAACCGGGAACCAACAAUGAAAUUACAGAAUUCGUCUGUACACGCUUCCAUUCAGAAUUUCCCAUUUUCGAAAAGAUCGAAGUAAACGGGGAAAAUGCUUCUCCACUUUACAAGUUCUUGAAGAAGGGGAAAUGGGAAAUCUUUGGGGACGACAUUCAGUGGAACUUUGCAAAGUUUCUGGUUGACAAGAACGGUCAAGCCGUUGAACGUUAUUACCCAACGACCUCUCCUCUUAGCCUCGAGCGUGACAUAAGGAAGCUGCUGGGCAUGUCCUAGAUGAUGGACUCGCGUGUGAGAUGGCUUUAACUGACAUCCGAGCCAGAAGGCUGUCUUUUGUUAGAUUUCAUCCUGUUUGGUUUCGAACCAGAUCAAGAGAAAUAUGAAAACCAGACCAGGAUUUGUCAGUGGCCAAAAAUCGAAAUGUUUGCAUGUUCCUCUGAGUUGAACAAGAACCAAGCACCAGAAGCUGGUUAUGUCAAGGUACUGGUUGUGAAAACAAGAUUUCCGGAAUAAUGAUUUA